AUGGUAUUAAGAUUCUUCAAAUGCGGCUUAGGACAGAGAUUUGUGAAAGAGCGUGAGGAUGUUGUGUCUUCCAGGCAUAGAUAUCUGAGAGAAGUUAGAAAGGCUAGAGAGAGUGGAGAUAUAAUUGUGUAUUUGGAUGAAACGUGGGUGAAUGUGAAUCAUUGUGUACAAGGUGAAUGGAGUGAUAGUGUAGUAAGCAUGACAUCGCGUAUGAUAGGAAGUGAAAGAGAUACAGGUAGAUUUGUCCCAUCUGGUAAAGGCAAACGUAUGAUUGUACUUGAUGCUGGUUGUAGGGAUGUAGGUCUUAUUCCCGGAGUCGGUGAAGUAUUUGUGGCAAAAAAUGAUAGUGGAGACUACCAUUCUGAAAUGAACCACAAAUAUUUCACUGACUGGUGGAAAAACACCCUACUUCCUGCAUUACCAGGACCAAGCACAAUUGUUCUUGACAAUGCAUCUUAUCAUUCUGUAAUGACAGAUGAUUCCAGGUCACCUACAACAGCAACACGCAAGGACGAUAUCAAACUUUGGCUACGGCAAAAUAAUCUACAAUAUUCAGACGAAAUGGUUAAAGCUGAGCUGUUGGAAAUUGUCAGGAGGAACAAACCUCGUCCAAAGUACAUCAUCGAUGAGCUUGCAAUGGCAGCUGGUCACAGGGUCCUUCGUUUGCCCCCACGGCACUGUGAAUUAAAUCCAAUAGAGCUUGUGUGGGCUAAAAUGAAGGGUCAUGUGGCUAGAAACAACACAUCUUUCAAACUUAUUAAUACCAUGGCCCUGUUUAAAGAGUCUAAGGCACUUAUAACGCCCGAUUAUUGGAAUCGAUGCGACGACCAUGUUAUUAAUAAAAUUGAAAGUGAGUUAUGGCGCAUCGAUGGUGUACGUGAGGAUGAGAUUGCACCUGUUGUCAUUUCCCUCGGUGAAGAUGACGAUACGGACGAAGACGACUAUGACAUUGACGAUGAAUCAAACGAGGACAAUGACUUACCACAAGAUGGGGCAAAUGUUACUAUGCUUGAUAGUGUACAUGGUGCGAAAGAUAUUAGAAGUGAAGAUAAAUGUAAUAAGUGUGGAAAAAGAGAGCUUGAUGUUUGUGUGGAUGGCCAGAUUGAUUGGAUUUUGUGUGAUGCAU